AUGCUCCACUUGUCGCUAAAGAGAUCAAAAGUGGUUUUUAAGGCGAAGUAUGACAUCGACAUCCGCGCUGUGACUCGCUUCACUAUGUCCGACACGACACCCUCAGCGCGGAAUGUUGUCGAUCACAUCGACAGCGAACUAGAAGACUGCUCUAUGCAUCUGCUCAACCUGUGCAUUGGAUACGUGCUCGGAGUGAAAAACAACAGCCAAACGAACGGUGUAUGGAAUGCUGCUUGUCAUUCGUGGGACAAAGUGGUAGCGAUUGUAACUCCGGGUGGAUAUCUAGAGGAGGAGAGCGUCGACGUCAUUCAGAAGCUGAGGAAUCCGAACAAGCACUUCAGGUCGCCAAAGCAGCGCAAUGCGUUGAAGAAAAUCCAAAAACCUCUCUCCUACCCCGAGUUAGACCCAAUGGUCGACAAAGUUGUUAGAGUCGCGUACACGUGCAAGCAGGAUUGGAUCCUAGCGACCGAGAUGGAGGCAGUGACACACUUGAUCGCUAUUGUGGCGCUGAUUGAGGCACAGAGUGAGAAUCUAGUAUUGUCAUACAUGGUAGUAUCUCGAUGCCUGGCUCAGAAGAAGCUGAAAGCUUUCAAGUUUGACGCGAUGGUGAUCGAGGCUCCUCGAGCGAAAGACGAAAAUGAGGAGAGUCAUCGUCGGGUCGUCGGGACGCUUGACCACGUUUUGGAUGCAGUCAAGCGCCAAGAAAUUGCUGCUGUUGGCAAUGUCCCCCGCAAAGAGGAGAAGGCUAUUUAUAAAAUGGUCAAGACUCCCUUCGAUGUAAUAGGCGCCAGAACAGAAAGCAGACGGGCGGAGAAACAGCUACUCCAGAGGCACAACACGGACGAAAUUGAGAAGAUGAAGCAAUACGCGCGGCGCUUCAAAAGUGGCAGAAAAGUAGUUUGA